UCAGGACUCGAUGUGGCUUCGUCGCAGGGGAGGUUUCUCGUCGACGCGUUAUCCGACGAUACGCGAUGCUAACGAGUGAUCCAUGAAUCAAAAUCGAAGCGAAAACGCCGAGUGUCAUCGCGCACAAGUUCAUCAGUUGACAAUUGCCUGCACGACCUGCUUUGCAAGUGCUGAUCGAUGAUUCGGACGUUACGAUUACGCGAAGAACGCGGCGGCACGCUCGUGUUUUUAUAAACGCUGAAAUUAAUUUUUAACGCGAGUUUUGCAUGCGUGAUUCGCGACUUUUCGUUCGGCGCACCGCGUUGUCAUUUUUUUUACGCCACUUUGAGGAUUCCAUUUUAAACGCGCGUAAUGCACGUGUCAUUUCAGUGUGCACGUAUCGCCGCGAUACGAGAGUAAGUGAGAAAAAAAUCGAGACGCCUCGAUCGACUUACAAUGUGUUCAAAAUAAAUACCGCAACUCGGAGUAGCAUCGUUUUUCAUUUACCAGCGCGUUACGAUCGAAUUACGCGCUACCACUUGACUCGAUACAUAGUACCAAUAUAUUAUGAGUGACUGAACAUGUAACUUUAUACGCAUGCAGUUUGCCACUCCAUUCUUAGUCGCUCAGCUACUUGACAGAACCGAUACUCGGAGAAUAUAAGAGUGGAAUAUAAAACAGCAAAAAAUACUAUCAGUGAUCUGCCAAAGCGAUAUUUGUUCUGCGAUCAACAAGCAUCAGUGCUUCGAAAUUUCCGACGGUCGAGUAGUCUUAACAACCGGCAAGACAGAGUUUUGUAAUUUAUCAGAGAAAAAGAUCCAAACGACAACUUUAUUUUUUUCAACCACCCACUGUUUAGAAGAAAUUAAAAUAAUUCAGUGAUUAUAAAGUAAAUGCCACGGAAGAAAAUAUUCGUAAAAAAAAAAACAGACGCACCACACGAAUCUUUUAAAGUGUUCUAAAAAUUGAUCAGGCUCGCAACUUGUGUUGUGUUCGAACACAUAUUGUGGACACAUAUCCAUUACUGGAAUUUCAGAAUACGUCGAAUCCACUUUGCAACUGUAGCCGAGGCUCGUUUUAUUUCAUUCCGCGAAAGAUUUAUCGCGCGAUCGGGCGAUUUAGUGGAAUUCAGGACAGGCGUCGAGACAGAGGCGCGCGAAUUCCGGAAGCGCGUCGUCUUGGAGAGGAGCUUGCAUCCGACACGCCGCUCCGCUACAGACAAUAAAACUACAAUCGCCACUCAGGAACCUGUCAGGGGAAGCUUCCCUCCGUUUAUCCGGCAAAUCCGGUGAUCAUCUGCUCGCCCGACACGUCCGUGAAAUCCCACGGCAGCGACGAAUUUACCUAACGGGGAACGCAUCGAUCAAGAAGUGAAAAAAGGUGCGAUAACAAACGACAAGGGAUAAAGUUUCAACUACUCGCGAGCGCCGUUUGAAGAAUUACAUUUGCGGAUCGAUCGGAAAAUCUCCCGGGGAGAUCAAUCGCGCGCUCAAAUCGUCGCGGAGAGUUCCUUCAACCGGAGAGAGAUGAUAAGGGAAGCGAAGAUUGUGGAAAGGUAAGAUGGGAACAUCGAAACGGCGAUAACAUACGCCGUCGUUAGAGGUCUCGCGUUUCGUUCCUGCGAGAGAAAGAGAGGCUCGAAAGACAAAUAGCCGGCGUCUCAUUAAAUGACGACAGGUAGGUGAGCGACGAGACACAUAGGGGACGGGGCUGAGCGCGGCGUGUCGGUUCACGGCAACGGCUACGGCAACAACAACGACGACGGAGAACGGCGGAUGAUGUGGACGGCGGCGCAAUGCAGCAGCAGCAAAAGCAACGGCAACGACAACGGCAUCAACGGCAGCGAGAGCAACGGCAGCAACAUCGGAGAUCGCAAUUAGUGCCGGCUCGUAACGGCCGUGAGACUACGUAACAACUGAAGGGGGGCACAGGGGGUGACCGCCAGGGGCCGUCCGUCAGGUCGAGGGUGUGUGCAGUGCGCGUGAAAGGCGGACAAAAUGUGGUGGAGGUGGCGGUGGUGGAGUGUCGUGACGACGACGGUGGUGCUGGUCUUGGGAGCCGCCACGGCGUCGUACUCGUCGUUGGAACUAUCCGAUCUGGAUAAGCCGAUACCAAUCGUUGCCAUUGACGGUGUAGUCGGGGAAAAGGUGCAGCUCCCUUGUGACAUUCGUCCUGCUGAAAACGACGAAGUCAGAAUGGUGUUUUGGUACAAGGAAGGCAGGGGUGAGCCAUUUUACAGCUUUGACGUCCGCGGCAGACGGCAAUUCACCGACGGCCAACGCUGGUCGUCGCCCAACGCACUGGGACCAAGAGCUUUUUUCGCCACGAUGACGAAUCCGGCUUACCUCAGCAUCGACCGGCUGCAGAGCACGGACGAAGGGAUCUAUCGGUGCCGAGUGGACUUCAAGAACUCGCCGACGCGGAAGCAGAAGAUGAACUUGACCAUUAUAGUGCCUCCGUCGAAGCCGAUAAUACGGGACGGGGCAUCGAGGAAUGUUUGGGGCAUCGAAGAGCCGUACAACGAGGGGAGCGACGUGAAUCUGAUUUGCGAGGUUCGUGGUGGCAAGCCGCUCCCGAAGUUGACGUGGUAUCUCGACAACACCGUAAUAGACGAGUCCUAUCACUACAACGCCGAGAACGGGUUAACGGUUAACCACCUGGUGUAUGCGAAAAUUGGGCGACAGCAGCUCAAGGCGCGACUGAUCUGUCAGGCCAGCAACACGAACCUGAUACCACCGCAAACCAAACUGCUCAUCCUCAACGUGAAUCUGAAGCCAGUGACGGUGCAAAUCUUGACGAAGGAAACGCGAGUUUCGGCCGACAAAAAUUACGACGUGGAAUGUCGUACGAGCGGUUCACGGCCAGAUGCGAUGAUCACGUGGUGGAAAGCAAACAAGCAAAUCAAGAAGAAGGCUCAAAACUAUGCGCUCGAGAACAAUCAGACUUUGAGUAUCCUCAGCUUCAUGCCAACCAUAGAGGACGACGGUAAAUAUUUGACAUGCCGCGCGGAAAAUCCUGUCAUAUCCGACAGUGCGUUGGAGGACAAGUGGCGGCUCGACGUACAAUAUCAGCCGGUGGUCAACUUGAGAAUGGGCGAAACACUGAAUCCGGACGAUAUCAAAGAGGGCGACGAUGUGUACUUCGAGUGUAAGGUUCGAGCGAAUCCGAAGGUGUACAAGCUCGCCUGGUUCAAGAAUAAGAAAGAAUUGAAGAACAAUUCCACAGCGGGUGUAAUUCUUAGCGAUCAGUCGUUGGUUCUCAGAGGAUUGACUCGUUACUCCGCCGGCGACUACACCUGCCUCGCGGUGAACAGCGAGGGAAAGACCGAGAGCAAUUCGGUGUCCCUUCAGAUAAUGUAUGCGCCGGUGUGCAAGGAAGGCAAGAGCGAGGUGGUGGUCGGCGCAUUGAAACAGGAAACCGUGUCGUUAGUGUGUUCCGUGGAGAGCCAUCCGAUGCCAUUGACUUUCCAUUGGACAUUCAAUAAUUCCGGCGAGCUCGUCGAGGUACCGCACUCGCGUUAUUCCCACGUACCGGCGCCCGGCACACCAUCCGUCGCAGACAGCCUGAAAGAGUACCAACAGUUUCACGGAUCCCGGCUAAACUACACGCCGGCUACGGAAAUGGAUUACGGUACGGUGGCAUGCUGGGCGAGCAACCAGGUUGGCAAGCAACGAACACCCUGCCUCUUUCAGGUUAUAGCCGCGGGUCGUCCGUACGCUCUUCACAAUUGCAGCGCCACGGAGAUGUCGGCGCCUCUGGAUAUGGAGGAGCUCGGCACAAAGUCGGGAACAGGACUGGUAGUCCGAUGCCUGGAGGGCUACGACGGAGGUCUUCCGAUAUACAGUUAUCAGCUCGAGGUCGUGGCCGACGAGGACGGCGGUCCGAUUCUGCUAAAUAAAACCGUGCCGGCGAGUCCCAACGGGCCCACCUUCGAAGUCGCGGGACUAACGACAGGAAGGAGUUAUCGACUUUUUCUCUACGCGAUUAAUGCCAAGGGGAGGAGCGAACCUGCCAUUCUCGAGCCGGUAACCUUGAAGGGUGUUGCUAUGUACACGACUGGCAACACCGAUGCAUCGAUGCUGAAUCCGUUGUUGCUGGGCGUAGCAGCCAUGGUGGUCCUUUUGGCCCUGGUCGUCGCUGGAUUCCUGGCGGCGCUCUACCGGAAGCACUCCGCCGGCCGACCCGGAAGUCCAAAGCACGCUCCCAUCGUAUGCGAGCCGCCUAAUGCAGGUGCAACCACCCCGGUGCACCCUCAGACCAAGCAGGCGGUCGAUGACAUCGAUCCGGACAUCAUACCCAACGAGUACGAAAGAAGACCCCUAACGUACACCCCCGUCUAUAAGACGCCGCCACAACGAAAGAAGAAAGAUCGCGCCACCGACGAAGAUACCUCGCCGGAGAAAAGGCCGAUCGUUCAGCACGGUUUGGACUUGCCUUCGGACCCGAUGCUGACUGACUGCCUGCCAACGCCUACCAUAAAUUACCCGCAAAAUCACGUAUCUCAGCAAAGCACUUACAGUCAUCCGCCCACGAUGGCAGAUUUCAAGCAAAUGGCGAUGGACGCCUAUAAUCAGCGUAACAACCAAAACAUAUAUUAUAGCCUUCAGAGGACGAGCAAAGGUCUCCCGUCUAUGCCGCAGAGGCCCGUUUCAUCGUCGGUCUCCGCGCAAGGCAAAUUCCAUCAACCGGAAGUGGUGACACGCUCGAAUCGGAUACAAGAGAGCUGUAUAUAAGUUCGGAUGGAUUCCCUGCAGGAUCGACUCCGUGAGCUUCUAAGACGCCGCCGGCGAUUAUAUUUACACGUGUAAAUGUAACGAGCAUGGAGCAGAGAGAGCAGCGUUAUAGAGAUCUGAAAAGAUCCUUGAGACGCGAGCGCGAAGUCUAAUGUGACAUCUUCCCGUAGUUGGUACGCGAGUUUCGAACCACUCCGUGAGACACACUUAACGUUUACUGUACAAAACCGUAGAGAGGCUGGUGGUGUGUUACGGAUCUCGUAUUGACGGGAACGCGGUCUCUCCUCGAGAUUACGUUACUCCGACGCCGCCGGUGACAGCUGCGUUUUAAUACAUAAUUUUGCGGGGACGACGAGGUAAGCGACAUUAGAGAGUUAGAGGGAUACCUAUACAUGUCCAGAAAUAUUUCUUUACUGACAUACUGAGGUAUUAACGAUAUAUCGUACGUACAAAGAGUCUAACCCCUAAGUAGUUAAUGUUAAUAACGAGAGGAAAAAGAAAGAGAGAGAGGAAGAGAGAGAUAAGGCUGGGUCGCGCGCGAGCUAAGAAAAUUUCAAUGACGCUUUAUAUUUCAUUCUUAUUAUAUACUUCCGGUUUGCAAGUCGCACACAAAACGCCAUCUUUCUACAUGGACCGAUUUCUUUUGAAACUUUUACAAUCUACAAACUACUUUUCAAGUCUCCUACUACAUUUUUGUAAGGUAACACAGUUAUUCACGACCGAAGCUCAUCCUCCAGUCUUAUCCUCAAAAUACUAACGAUAUUAAUGUGAUCGUAUUCGAAGCUCAUCACUGCUCAUGUUUUUCGUACGCAAAAUUUUUAUAACGAACCGGAAAGGAAAGAAAAAAAAAGAGGCAUAUUCGUUCAAAAGACUUCGCCGAAACUCGAGAAAAUCCUCCCUUAAAGAGCGACGUCUUCGUUCCCGAUCACUGACGCGGUACAUGGACGUGAGUUUUACUGUUUAUAUAUAUAUAUAUAUAUAUAUACAUAUAUAUAUGAAACUAGUUUUUGUACAAAGAUCUAUUGUAAAUAGAUACACGAGCCUGGCCCUAGAGUUAUAGUCACUAAUGUCCGAAUUUCAUCCGUUACACGUUAAGCCAAGAAAUGUCCGAUCGCGUAAGAUAAAAACUCGAUGGCGUACGAAUACGAAAAUAAAGAGAAUACGUUUCAUCUGUUUUACACAAA